AUGGUAAGAACUUAUAAUAAGGUAGUUAGAAAUGAUCUUGGAACGGAUGUGUCCUAUAUGGUCGCUUGGCGGGCUAAGGAAAAGGCAAUGGAGGAUUUAAUGGGUGAACCAUCGGAUUCUUACAAAAAAUUACCUGGGUAUCUAUACAUCUUGGAUAAAACGUAUCCAGGUUCACAUAUAAGAAUGCGAAAAUCCGACGAAAAUGAGUUUCUGUAUUUGUUUAUAGCAUUGUAUGCAUUCAUCAAAGGGUUUGAUUGUUGUAGGCCAAUUGUUGUAGUUGACGGGAGCCACCUCAAAACAGCAUACAACGGAACGUUCGUUUCAGCAAGCACGUUAGACGGUGCAUGUAAUAUACUUCCUUUAGCAUAUGGUGUGCUAGAUUCAGAAAAUGACAGGUCUUGGACGUGGUUCUUUGAGCGAUUCAGGGAAGUGUAUGGUGUGAGAGAGAACAUGUGUAUUGUUUCCGAUAGGCAUGAAAGCAUAAACAAAGUUGUUUCUAGAAUCUAUCCGAAUGUGCCGCAUUAUGCAUGCAUAUGGCAUCUUUGGGGUAACGUAUGUAAGAAGUAUAAGAAGAACCAUAAUGUGUUGAGUCCUGUGUUUUAUGCAAAAGCAAAGGCGUACACGCAGGAAGAUUUUGAUGAGCUUAUGGGGAAAGUUGAGAAGGUAGAUUUUCGGGUGGCAGAGUAUUUGGAAUUGGCUGGAAGAGAGAAGUGGGCUAGAGUGUAUGCAACUGCUAACUGA